GGAACGAGUAUGGAGAGAUGGAACGAGAUGGAAAGAUUAUUGUGAGCAGAUCAGCGUACGUUUGUAAGACAUUUUUCUGGGGCCAUUUCUAUUACAUUUUGAUCAUUGCUUGACAAGUCGUAGUAUUGGACACCCUAUUGUAGUACUUGGAAAUUGUUUUAAUUGAUCUUCCUCGAGUAAAUUUGGCUAAAUUGCAUCGUUCUUGAUAAGAUUAACAAUGACUAUUUUGGAUGCCGAAUGUGCAGCCAUAAUUUACACUUUGUCUCGACCUCAAUGCAAAGAUUUUGCAUCUGGCUUAGACAUAAAGUAUAAAAUAAAAAAUGGAAAAGAAUCUGCUCAAGCGAGAAGGGAAGGCACAGCCCUUAGCAUUAAGGAAAAACAUACCGACGAAGAUCAUAAAACGAUCCUGUGCUUAUAUAACAAGAGCAUAGCUUAUGCUCCCAGGGAAUCUAAACAAUUGGUGUAUGCUUACUGUAAUCAAUCAUAUUCAUUAAUGCAUGUUAAUAAAUUUAAUGAGGCCAUAGACCGUUUAGAUAGAGCCAUACAAUUGACACGUUCAAUCGAAUUGAAAUUGAAACUAUAUUGUCAAAAAGCCAAAUGUCUCGCUACCCUUGGCUCCUCAGUAAAAGAUGAUGUAUUGAAAGAGAUUGAUCAGAUUUUCGAGGUAUCAAACUUACCUGUAGAGUCAGCAAAUCCUAUAUCGAAAAUUAUUAGGAAAACUAAAUCUGAAGUAGCGUCGAUGAAGAAAUUCAAACCUAAAAAUCAAGAGUUCCUGCAGGAAAAACAACGGUACAACAAAAUUAUUAUGGACAGAGAAAAUGUUGAUCCAUUUGAUUUUGUUGAAAUAAAACAAACGGAAAAUAUGGGCAGAGGUCUAUAUGCCAAAACUGAUUUUAAAACAGGUGAUUUAGUAUUAGUAGAAAAACCUUAUUUGAUUGGGCCAAACUUUUCCAAUCGAUAUGUAUUUUGCUCUCACUGUUUAUCAGUGGCAUGGACUGGAAUUCCAUGUGAAACAUGUCAUGAUUAUAUAUUUUGUUCUUUAAAAUGUAAAAACAUGGCCUGGGAAGAGUAUCAUUGCAUUGAAUGCUCGAUAACACCAUAUCUUAUUCUAUGUGACCCAGAAAUUACCGUGUUGAUUCAUACAAGUCUUAAAUUUUUAAUAUCAUUAGUAAAAGAUAAUAAAACGAUUCAAGAAUUGAAAUCCAAACUGAAAAUUUCCACAAAUGGUCAAGUGAAAAUGAUGAAUGACAAAUCUGAUCAAAAAGUUAAUUUAUUCAAUGAACUGAUGAGUUUGUCUUAUACCUCAUCGUUGUACCAAAAUAUUAUUUUCAGUACCGUUAAAGCAUUGAUUUGUAUGGCGAAGUACACAUCUUUUUUUUCUGAAAAAAAAUUGAAAAAUAGGCAAUACGAAAAUUUGUCAAAGAACGAAGAUUUUCUUUUUUUUGGAUCUUUACUUUUGAGAUUGGUACAUAUAGAGAUUGUCAAUGUUCAUGAAAUAUCGGAUCCAAUUUUUGAACGUAACAAUCUCUUAGCUAAAAAAAGCACUAGAUGUAGAGGAUAUUGCUUGGGACUUAUCAGUAGUAUGACUAAUCAUAGUUGUGCACCAAACAUAAGAAGAUGCUUUACAGAUGAUAUGAAACAUGUUUUUUAUGCCACGGAACCAAUUGCAAGUGGAACUGAGCUUUUAGAUUCAUACACUGACUGCUUUUAUGAGUCUCCAUUGACACUUAGAAGAGAACAACGGAAAAAUUUUGUGUGCAAAUGCAUCGCUUGUGAGCAAGAUUGGCCUCCUCUUUUUUCAUCAUUGGCACAAAAAGCAUUCAUGGAUCAUAAAAUUAAAUUUGAACCAACAACAUAUUCUGCAGAAACAAAUUUUCUAAAAAGAAUCUACACAUUAGUAGCGAAAAUGAAUGAUCCAAAUUAUUCUAUUGGUAAAGAUUUAAUGCAAGCUUUGACUGAUCUGAUGAAUGAAAUAGCUAGUGUGCUUCCACAACCUAGUUUAGCAAGAUGUACGUUACUUCAAGUUCUAGAUGAGAUUUUUGUUAGAUAUUAUGGUCUUACUGAGCCGUUUGAAAAUAUUUGUUCAACAUUAGUGCCAGUUAGAUUGUAAAAAGUCAAAAAGUUUAAAUUUUGUUGACUUGAAUGAUUCAAACUCUGAUUUUUUUGACAAUAAAAGACACACUUAUUAGUAAGUUAUAUUUUUGCA